AUCAAAAAAGUGUUUAAUAGGUGUUUAUAAUUUUUUGCCUUAUUUUAUGACUAAACCAUCACAAGAUCUUCCUCCUACAGGCGGCUACGCACCUAUUCAAUAUAAGAGAAAUCUUCCUGCAAAAGGACCAAGAAGCUCCGUAGUUCUUUUAUGUAUUGGUUUGAUCUCUUCGUAUGGUUUUUACCGUUAUAUUCAGGGAGUUUAUGAAAGAAGAGAGUUAAAAAGGGAAAAUGUAUGGUCUCGGAUUCAUUUGAUACCAUUAUUGCAAGUAGAAGCAGAAAGAGACAUGUACAGAAGAAGACGAGAGUUACUUCAAUUGGAGAAUGAAGUUAUGAAAGGAGUAGAGGGCUGGGAUAAUGAAUAUCGUAUUUAUCAUACCCGAGCAGAUAUUGUUCCCACCUAUUCCUUUCCACUUGAAUGAAUUUUAUCU